AUGAAGAUAUAUUCAACUAUUUUACUAAUAACAGCAUACUUGGCUUCUUCUGUCCGUGCUGAUCCAAAUAUGGAAGAAUUAGAGGGUACUUGGUCAUCAAAAUCUAAUACGGUGUUCACUGGUCCUGGAUUUUAUGACCCUGUUGAUGAAUUAUUAAUUGAACCAGAUUUACCAGGUAUUUCCUAUUCAUUCACUGCAGAUGGACAUUAUGAAGAAGCUUUAUAUCGUGUUGUACCAAAUCCAAAAAAUCAUUCAUGUCCGGUGGCUUCUGUAACUUAUCAACAUGGUACUUAUGAAAUCUUGACUAAUGGAUCGGUUGUUUUAACUCCAAUUGCUGUUGAUGGUAGACAAUUAUUAAGUGAUCCUUGUAAUCAAGACGAUCCAAAUGUUUCUACUUAUUCAAGGUAUGUUCAACCAACUUGGUUUAAAACUUACCAAGUUUAUGUGGAUAAUUACCAUGGAAAAUGGACUUUACAAAUUUAUCAGUUUGAUGGAUCUAAAAUGCAACCAUUAUAUUUAGUAUACAGACCUCCUUUGAUGUUACCUACAACUGCAUUAAACCCAACUGAUGAAGCUAGUGAAACCGCUUCAAGCUUACAAAACGCAAGAAGAAGAAUUAAGCGUUCUUUGGAAAACCAAUACAGAACUAAUGCUAAGAGACAAGUUUAUGAUGAAACUUUUGAUAGAUACUGGUGGGGUUCAGUCGUUUGUUUAUGUUUAGCCUCAUCUUACUUCUUCCUUGUUAGAAAGUAA